AUGCCACCGGCAGCUCUGAUCUCCCACCAACCGCCUCGAUCCCGCCGCCGGCCCCCUUGGCUCCCGGCCCCUUCGGCUCCUGGUCCGUCGGUAUCUCCUUCUCCGGUGACGCCUAAAUCCUGUCGGCAGUCCACUAAACCGACGGACCCACGCCCGCCAUGUGGAAGGCGGCCACUGGCCCGUGGUCAACAACCGUACACCAGUUCACCGCGCACAUGUCAGCAAGUCCGUACGGUACGACAACCCAAUCAGCUGCACAGACAUCGCACCCAGUCAGCAGGGAGGCGAAGUUUUCGCGACGUUCAUACGACCGUCAAAUUUAAGCCAGAAGUGGAACCACAACUACAAUUGACCCCACAUGUACUCCUCUGCAUCAACGUUGGGGAUGAUGUCCUCUCUCCAGUGCUUCAGCUUUUAUCUUUUGAAAAAUUGACGGCUGAUGAAAAUGACAGUGCCCGAUAUAGGGUUGUUUUGACUAUAGUAAUAUUCAACCUUGCUCUCAAAUUUACAAAUUCUCCAUUGCUUGGAAAACUUAGAUACCUGUUUAAAGAGAAAGAACAACAAAUGUUGGGUCGAGACACACGUGCCACAACUAAACGCUCCCUCAAAUUUGGAAUACACCUCCCACCCGUGCAACACGAAUCUUCUAUUAAUAUCAGGCCGAUUAAAGCCUUGAACCCCUUUCAAAAUAAAUGGACGAUAAAGGGGCAUGUGACAAACAAUAGGAAGAUGCAUCAGUACAGUACACCAAAGUCCAUUGGCCAAGUGUUUAGCUUUGACAUGAUAGAUGAUGAAGGUACUGAAAUUAGAAUAACUUGCUUUGGCGAUGUAGCAGAGAUGCAUUAUCAUAGGGUUGAAGCAGGAACAUAUUAUACUGUAUUGAAAGGUUGCAUUAAAGAAGCUGACACAAAAUGGAAUAAGCUUAACAACCAUCUUGAGAUAACUUUGGAAAACAAUUCAAUAUUGAAGCGUUGUGAUGCUGUUGUUGAUAGUGAAGCAAAUAAUUCUCGAUUCACACCGAUCAAUGAAAUUACAUACUACACCAACAACACUUUAGUUGAUGUUAUUGGUAUUGUAGUUGCUAUUGGAGAACCCUCAUUAAUUCAUAGAAAAUAUGGAAGCGACGUAAUGGAGAGAACUAUAAAAAUAAAUGAUGUUUCAACUUUUACUAUCGAUGUUAACUUAUGGGGAGAAACAUGGCAAGGGCUGGGUGAAGAUUUGAAGAACAUGCACACAACCUAA